CGAAUACCAGUCACCGUCACCAUUAGCGAUUGAUGCACGCUCAGUUUGAUGUUGCUCCUACCUUCCCCCGUUCUAUUCUUCCUCUUCUUGCAAGUACUACUAUGUGAGGCUAGAAGAAAUGUACUUGGAGGAUAUCGAGGAGGAAUCGGCCGAGUUGGAAGAAUUGGAGGAUUUGGAAGAGGAGGAUUUGGAGCAAACUUUGGCCAAAGUCAUUCCCCAAACGGAAAUAGUUUUACCAAUAGAGGCCGUUCCCCUAAUGGCCAAUUCCGCCAGCUUUCCAACCAUGGCUUCAAUGGGAGAGAUUCUAGAAAUUGGAAUAAUGGAAGAAGCGAUAUGAGGCAUCCAUCUGAUCGACGAAUGAGAGAACGAGAGCAAGGACAAUUUGAAGGUGGAGGCCGCGGUUUCGGCGGCCGCAUGGAUUACGGUGAUUACAUCGGCACCAACAUAGCGGGAGGAGCGAUAUCGGCAGCAUCGGGUGUGGUAGACGCGGCUGCAUCGCUCUUACCGGUAGGUGGACCAGACGAUCUGGGCGCGGAAGAUGUACCAGACGCUCCGGUUCUGGAGGGUGAACAAGGCGAUUUGGGUACAUCACAAUGCGUCGCUACGUUCGCGUACAGAGCUGCAAACGGCACUCCAGUCUAUAAGUGUGAAUGUCCUGGAGGAACAUCGUAUCAGUACAAUCGAUGCGUUGGCUAAACUUGAGCUUCGUGUGAUAAUUUCCUAACCUCACAAGAUAUACUAAUAACGGAUGAUAAUCUAUGGAUCUCAAAUGACGCAGAUAUGUGUCCCCUACCUGAAACUAGU